GUAAACUGCCAGAAAACGCUAUAGAAGAAGAAGAAGAAGAAGAAGAAGAAGAAGAAGAAAAAGAAACAGAAACAACAACAGUCUGCUACAUUUUAACCCUGACGGAAGGCUAGCUUGUAGGUCAACAAUGCAGCAACGCGAGGAGAAGCAGCUGGAAGCCUCGGUGGACUCGCUCAUCUCUCUGGUGGGCCAGGUUAAAAACGCUCUGCAGAACUUCAUCUACAAGCUGGAGAACGAAUACGAGCGCCUGACAUGGCCUUCGGUUCUGGACAACUUCGGGCUCCUGUCCGGUCAGCUGAACACCAUCAACAAGAUGCUGAAGAACGAGAAGACGCCGUCCUUCCGCAGCCAGGUGAUCAUCCCGCUGCUGCUGUCUCAGAAGCCGGACGACGAUCUAGCGGUCCUCACAGAGCAGCGUGUGCCCGUCUUCAGCCAUGAAAUUGUCCCAGACUACCUGCGGACCAAGCCGGACCCGGAGGUGGAGGAGCAGGAAAAGCAGCUGAGCACAGAGGCGGCGCGUAUCGGUCCUGAUGCGGCGCAGAAGCAGAUCCAGGCCUUGAAUAAAAUGUGUUCUACCCUGCUGGAGAAGCUGAACAACCCACGUGAUGACAGAGAUGGCGAAAGUGCCGCAUCACGACUGAACAAACCGUCGUUUAACCUCGGAGACACCAACGCUCUGGUUGCAGCCGUUGCAUUUGGAAAGGGGCUUUCUAAAUGUAGGCCUCCGGGUCCCAUGGGUCCUGGACACCCAGGGCAGGGGCCGAUGAUGAGCGGGGGUCCGACCUUACAGCAGGUCACCAUCGGAGGUGGUUCAGGCCAGCAAGCAGGUAUGGGAGGGCCUGUAGCUCCACAGCAGCAAGGACAGCCGGGAAAAAUGCCAAGCAGCAUCAAGACCAACAUUAAGUCUGCGUCUGGUUCAAUACAUCCCUACAACCGAUGAGCCUCCUACUCGUCUCCUCAGGACCACCCGUAAGCUUUCAGAGGCAGCAGGUCUGCUAAGCGCUCAGCCCAUGGUGGACUGGAGCAGCUUCUGAUGCUCAGCUGUCCGGUGUCUUAGUGGCACCAGGCGCGAUCUGAAGCUUUCAAGACUGUUUCCCCACAUCUAGGCUCAGCUUUGGAAACUACAGUCAAACCUCCCGUUUACAGCCACUAGAUGGCACUAUGUCACCAUUAAACGGACUGAAACAACUUUAAAUGUUUAACCAGUUCAUGUGAUGCGUUUUCAAUAAAGAAAACCCAAUAACAUUA